GGACAAAUGCCAGCUAUGGGAGAAAUCCACCCCCCCCCUCCCCCGCAGGAGCAGGGCCCGCAGCUCAGAGGGACAGCACUCACAUUCACACGAGCCCGGUGUGCUAGUACUUCCGCCGCUCCACUUCAUCACUGCAGCGACUCCGUCACGUCGUGUCAGGGCUGGCAGAGGAUAAAGUAUCUCGCAUACAAGAUGUCCAAGCAGCCGUCGUCCAACGUGAAGGCUCUUCAGGCUAAUCUCAACAUCCCCAUGGGAGCACUGCGUCCUGGAGCAGGACACCCAGUCAAGAGGAGAGAGGAGUCUGAAGACCUGGAGGAGCCCCAGGUGACACCUGUGGCCAGUGAGGAGAAGAAGCAUCUUCCUGGAGCUUUCAAGCUGCCUGGACCAGCAGUGAACCUGUCUGAGAUCCAGAAUGUCAAGAGCGAGUUGAGAUGGGUGACUAAGGAGUAGGCGAAGGAAGAGGCCAGUGAACCAGCCACCAAACCCACAGAUUCACCCAGAAGUGUUUGUGCUUGUAGGAAACUCAGCAGCAUCAAUGUCAAACUAGGAAACAUAUAUCUAAAUGAGGGACUGACAGGUCACAGCUUCACCUUCCCCCACAGAGACUGAAAGACAGGCCCAGCCAUAUGCCUUAGGGGUCAGCUGGGACGGUGACCCGAUGUUGGGGCACUUAGAGGUGGCGCCUCCUGGCUCCCUGCACCCCUCUCACCUUGGCGUGCACAGAGCUCUCCCUCGUCAUUGUGUUGUUUCUCUCUGGGGGUGGCAGGGGGGUCGUCCAGUAGGGGGCCAAUUAGGGUCUUCCAGAAGUAUCUGCAAUAGACUGCAAUGUUGACCGCUUUCAACGUGGGAUGCCAGCAAGGAGGGGCCAAUGUGGGCCCCGGCUGCCCCACUUCCUGUUACUAACUCUCCUUUCCACCCCACUUCCUGUCACUAACUCUCCUUUCCACCCCACUUCCUGACACUAACUCUCCUUUCCACCCCACUUCCUGACACUAACUCUCCUUUCCACCCCACUUCCUGUCACUAGCUCUCCUUUCCACCCCACUUCCUGUCACUAACUCUCCUCUCCACCCCACUUCCUGUCAUUAGCUCUCCUCUCCACCCCUCUAUCUGUUACUAGCUCUCCUCUCCGUCCCACUUCCUCUCGCUUGCUCUCCUCAGUAUCUCCUCCUAUUUCUUCUUUUCCUGCCCUGGUGUACCUGGAUCCGCAGGAGUGAGUCUGAUUUGUCAGAAGCACGUGGGACGUUGCACUGCAAUACGGGCCAUAUCCCUGCACAGGAAGUGUAGAGUGAGCAGUGGCUGUGGUGUCAGGCUGAGCCUGUCCUCUCCAGCUGCAUUCGGUCUUCAGAGUCACACCCUCUCUGCUGUUCCUGCUCCGUGCUCCCGUACAGUUGGCUCCUGCUCACCUGCUGCCCCCGAUCUCCCAGCAUCCCCUGCCUCUCAGCUGCUGCCCCGCCCACAUGAUCAGAGGCCUGUAGUUCUAUUUGUUUCUUUUGACUGUAUGAAUAAAGCACAGUGAACCCAU